ACGUGCUCAAGGUUGUGUGUGUAGUGGUUUAAUUUAUGAAUAUAUGAAGUUAUUCUUAUUUUGUUGUGUUUAUUGUGUAUAUUGAAAAUUGUAAAUUAUUUUUAAGGAAUGAAAAAAUAUAAUAAGUGAAUAAAUGCUAUCUUUAAAGGAUUUAUAAUCUUUCGUUUCUUGUUUGUUACCAUGCCCUCCUGUUCUCUUUCUGAAGCUCUUGAAAUUCGAUAUGUGGAAGAUAUCGAUGCCAAUCCAAUAGAGCCCUGUGAAAUAUUCCUUGUAGGUAGUUUUCCUGGGAGAUCUAGCCCUAGUGGAAGGCUAGUUCUUCCUCGAACACUUACAUUAAAUUGUUGUAAUAUUGAUAGAGCUGGAGUUUUACGCAAGAUUGAUGAACUCUGCCAUGACGUGGAAGAGCUUGAUUUGGCUCAGAAUUCCUUAAAUGACUUGAAUGAGAUUGAUAAUAUUCUGCAACAUAUGCCAAAUUUAUCUUUUUUGAACUUGAGUUACAAUGAUAUGAAAAAUGCAGUUGCUGAAAAGUUGACUGAAAGAGAUAAUUUGCGUAGUCUAGUUCUUAAUUGUACCUAUAUUCCAUGGUCUAUAGUUUGCAGUUUUCUGGAUGCAAUGCCAAAUCUCCAAGAAUUGCAUUUAAGCCUCAAUGACUACUCUUAUGUAGAUCUUCCAUCAAAUAAACAAUAUAAAAACUUGAAACAGCUAUAUAUAUGUGGAAAUCAAUUAUCAUCUUGGAAUGAUGUCAUCUUAAUUGGAAAGACUUUUCCGAAUUUGGAAUCACUAAUUAUGGCCAACACUCAGAUUACAUCAAUUCCAGAGCCAUCUACUUGGGAAAACCUGUUUCCACAUCUUCAAACAAUUAAUUUCAAUUACAUGCUUUUGAGAGAUUGGAAAGAUAUUGACAGACUAAAUCAUUUUAAAAGAAUGGAAGACAUCCGAUUACAAGGCAUUCCUGUAUUAGACUCGUUGAGUGAACUUGAAAGGCGUCAACAUCUUAUUGCUUAUCUUCCUUCAGUGAUUAGAUUGAAUGGUAGUGCCAUACUACAAAAAGAAAGGGAAGAUGCAGAAAGAGCUUUUAUUCGUUAUUUUUUGUCUGAAAAAGAGCGACCUAAAAGAUUCUACGAACUUGAAGAAAUUCAUGGGAAAUUGGAUCCUUUAGUAGAUGUUGAUUUAUCGCCUAAAAAAACUGCACAAGUAUUUGUUCAUUUUUGUGAAGAACAAUCAACUUUAACUGUGAAUCUUCAACAGUCUGUCCAAGAGCUUAAAGCUACACUUAGUGACAAAUUUGGACUGCGACCUGCUAAGAUGAGACUUUUUUACAUAGAUCAAGAUAUGAAAGAUGUCUGUGGUCCUGAUGAACUAAGAUAUAACAACAGAAAAUUGUAUAGCUAUCAAAUUAGAGAUGGAGAUGAAUUUUUAGUUGACUCCAAAUGAGUUCAGCUACUUAAUAAUGUUGCGAUGCUUUUGUGUUUAUUAAACUCACUUCCGGUGUUAUGUUUUGCUAUUUGGUUGCAUUAAAAUGUUAAGUUUAGAUUAUAUUUAGAAAAGAAUGUUUUCUUUGUUUCAGUUAUAUUGUUUUUGAUAACUUCUUUUUGUUAUGGGGGAAAUUAUGCAUAACAUCAUAAUUUGUCAUCUGUUAGGUUUCAUACAUAGAAAUGGUUUUAAACUUGUGUUUUUUAAAUGAAAAUGCUUGAUUCUUUUAUGAACUGUUGCUUUUUUUAAAGUAUAUUUAUUAGUAUUUUAAAAUCUUCUUGAAAAUUAGUUAAAAAAGGUACAAAAGAAAUUGGUGCUGAUGAUUCAUAUCAAAUUUUGGAAUUUUAAGUAGUAUUUUUAUUAGAAAUUCAUUGUAUUCCCCCAUUUCUGAAGUUAUUUUGAUGUGAAAUAUUUUCUUUAAUAAAAAUAAUUAUAACAACUGACAUUUCAAAGUAAUUGUUUUAUGAAUGUUGCAGCUUCUCCCUUUUUGUUAUUUUUAUGUACAGCAUUCAUUGUACAUUUUCAGAAAUGACACACUUACGGAAGAUUUGGGCUUUCUUAUUUUUUCUUUCACUCCUUUUCUUUCAUGUUAUAGUAUUUUUCAUUAUAAAUUAUUGCUCUAUACAGUUGUGAUGACUUAUUAUUAUUGUAUGUUUUUAUUUUAUGUUGUUAAACCUUUUCUAUUGUUUUUUUAGCAAAUGUGUAUAAAAUCCUCUUCUAUCCUGUUAAGUUAAUUGUGCCAUUUGCUAGACACAGAUUUGGCAGAGUACUGUAUAGAAUUAUGUUUUGCAAGUUGUUUUGUGUCUUAAAGCUGAAAAAAAAAUGGAAGUUCAUUUGUAAGCUCUUUCAGUCGCACAAGUCUUUCAUGGGAAUGAAGAAUAUGCUUUAAUACAAGCAUAUAUAAUCUUUUUAUUCUAAAAAUUUCAGAAAUGUACUUGUAAAUGCUAAAACACAUGUUUUAUCUUUUUAAAAUGUAUACGUUUAGUUAAUGCAUUUUACCUGGUUUUAGUUUAAUGUUUGAUGGUUUUGAAGUUGAAAUAUUGUUAGAAAUCAGAUUAUUUCUGUACAAAUAAAUAAAAUAGCAUUGUUUUUAUUAUUUUAUUUUAAAUGUUAACUUUGGUUUAAAUAUUUAUGAUGGAAGUAAAAAAUAUUUACAAUAUUAUGUAUUGUUAAUUUUUUCUGAAAUUGGCAAGUUAAAAGGGAUAAAAGUAAAGUGACUCAUCUUGAAAAUAACUUUUCUAAAUAUAUAUAUUUACUGCAGAAAUUUUCUUGUUUCAUAGAAAUAAUAAUUUAAGAAAUUUCUUUGUUAAUAAAUUUUUAUAUGCAAUACAGCUAUUGAUAAUACAUAUUAAAAUAAAAUUAUUUCAGUAUGUGAAAUUAUUCAUAAAAUUAAAUUCUGGUAAUUAUUAUAUUACAUAUUAUUUUCUGAGCAUCAUAUUGAAUAUAACUUUAAGAAUGAAUAAAGCUUAAAACUGUUUUGAAACUUGAACAUAAUAUUAUAUCAUUUUUUUUUACUUGAUAAUUCUAUAAUGGAUUAAUACAAAAUUAUGUUUAUAUCUUUAAAAAAAGAUAAAUGUAAUGUGCUUAUAUUAUCUGUUUUGUUUUCCUGAAAAAAACAAACAAACUUUUUUUUAUAUAUUUGAUAUAAGAUUGUGUUUAAGAAAAAUUAUAAUGUCUUUAAGGCUCAUUCUUUCUUAUAAGAUGCAGCUAAAAACUCAAUCUUAAAAUAACAUGAUGUUUAUAUAUGAGUAUUUAUAUGAAUAUUAUAAGUUCUAUUUAUGAUGGUGGUAAAAUUAUUUAGGUUUAUUGAUUGUUUUAGUUCAAUUUCAAUGGGAAUUCUAUAUAAAAAUCUUAAAAUAUGUCUAGUCGAAGUAUUUUUAAAAAAUUUUUUAUAUAAAGUAAUGCAUUUUAUAUCUUAAAAGAUUUAGAUAUUGGUAAAUUAUUUUUUUCCCGUGAUAUCUAUUGUUUUACAUGUUUGAUAAGGGAUGAAAUUUUUAUUUCAAAUUUGAUUAAAAUAAUAGCAAGUGUAUUAGUUAUUUUGUAAAUAUAUAUGUAUUAGAUUUCUUAUAAAUAUAGUGAUGCUUUUAUAUUUAACAAGGAAGGAAUUGUCAUGGUCUAAUGAAGUUCUAAUGUCACUGUUAAUAGGCAAUACAUUAAUGCUAUAGCUUGUUAUGUUGUGUUUUCUCUUAAUAAAUUUGUUAUAAUUUA